ACUAACCGAGCGGCAGGUGCUCACUCACAUAGCCACCGUUUCUUGUGACUAACAGCACCAGUGACAAACAGUCGGAAGUAAAUAAUAAUGCCAGAAAAUACCUUACCAGCUUGCCUGAACGCAUCCGCCGAUGCACCGGACUGGCUAAACGAAGUUUACGUGGAGCAAAUGCUGCGCUGCGCGUUUAAGGACGCAUCAAUCAAAGUGCGCAAGCUGGAUGUAUACUAUGCCGUGCCGAAAGGGAACAACUAUGCUAGCAUCAUAUUUCGCAUCGGUGUUACGUACCACUCCCAGCUACAGUACGAAAUAGCACGCACCUUCAUUGUCAAAGGUAUGAUUACGGAGGGAAUUGCGGGCGAGAAACUGCGCCAGUACGACGUGCAGCGUAAGGAGAUGGACGUGUACCAAUUUGUGAUUCCCGAGCUGAAGCUCCUGAUGAAAUCGAUCGGCGAGCCGGGCGAGCUUUAUCCUACCGCGCUGAUAGUGGAUCGCAAGCGUGAGGUGAUCGUGUUUAAGGAUCUGACCCCGGAAGGCUACCGGAUGGUGGACCGGACGCAGGGCAUGGACAUAGUGCACAUGAAAAUGGCUAUCAAGCUGAUGGCCAAAAUGCAUGCCAGCUCGCUGAAGAUGCGCGAGCAGCAGCCCAACAUAUUUGUGCCGUACAACACGUGCAUCGUGACGCGCGAAACAGACGCUUUCUAUCCGAUGUUUGUGCACAUCUUUAACGCACUGACGGAUGAGGUUGGCAAAUGGGGAUCGGAAUGGAAGUACUAUCAUGAGAAGCUGCAGCAGCUGGCACCGAACUUUGUCGAGUACUCACAGCGCGUGGUUGACAACGAUCCGGCCAGCGAUGAUUUGUGCGUGUUUGUGCAGGGUGACAUGUGGGUGAACAAUUUCCUGUACAAGUAUGAUGGACAGGGCAAUCCGAUCGAUGCGGUUCUGCUGGAUUUUCAGUACUGCACGUACGGCACACCGAUGAUCGAUUUCUGCUACCUUUACUACACCUCGGCUAGGGAUGACAUCAGGCAGAACUGUUUCGAUGAGCUGCUCCAGUACUACUACUAUCAGCUGGUGGACUACGCACGACGGUUGCACUAUCGGGCGCGGUUGCCAACACUCUAUCAGUUUCUGCAGCAAACACAACGGAAAAUGUUCUACGCUGUGUACUCCACCUUCAUUGCAUUACCGGUACAGAUGAAUGACAAUACGGCUGAUGCCGAUUUCGAAGCAUUGAUGUGCAACGACGAGCGGGCACGGAACUUUAAGCGCAUGGUUGUGGCGAACGAGAAAUACCAAACUAUCCUGCGCGGUUUGCUGCCACAGUUCGAUCGCAAGGGUCUUUUGGACAAAUUGGACUAGGCUCCAUUUGGAAAGUCUCAAAUAUUUUUCUACCUAUCUUUAUUAUCAAUAAACAAAAUCCAGUAAGGUCUGAAGCCUUUCAAACGCUGGGCCUGUAACAGUG